CUGGCUCCAGAGACCAAGGCAGUGAUCCACUGGAUCAUGGAUAUCCCCUUUGUCCUCUCAGCUAACCUGCAUGGAGGAGAUGUGGUGGCCAAUUACCCAUACGAUGAGACCCGCACUGGAUCCACUCAUGAGUACAGCGCUAGUCCAGAUGAUGUGAUGUUCAAGUCUCUGGCAAGGGCCUACUCCAUGUACAACCCAGUAAUGUCCGACCCUCACCGACCCCCAUGCCGUAAGAACGAUGAUGACUCCAGCUUCAAAGACGGCAUCACUAACGGAGGGGCCUGGUACAGUGUGCCAGGAGGAAUGCAGGAUUUCAACUACCUCAGCAGCAACUGCUUUGAGAUCACUCUGGAGCUCAGCUGUGAUAAGUUCCCCAAUGAGGACACACUCAAGACCUACUGGGAGCAGAACCGCAACUCACUGGUCAGCUAUAUUGAGCAGGUUCACCGUGGAGUCAAGGGCUUCGUGCGUGACCUCCAGGGCAACGCCAUUUCCAAUGCCACCAUCUCUGUGGAGGGUAUUGACCAUGACAUCACCACAGCCAAAGAUGGAGAUUACUGGCGCCUGCUGGCUCCAGGAAACUACAAAGUAGCAGCUUCUGCUCCAGGAUACCUGACUGUCAUCAAAAAGGUGGCUGUUCCCUACAGCCCUGCAACCAGGGUGGAUUUUGAGCUGGAGUCUCUGAUGGAGAGGAAGGAGGAGGAGCGGGAGGAGCUGAUGGACUGGUGGAAGAUGAUGUCAGAGACACUGAACUUCUAAAGCGUUUGUCUGGUUACUGAUCGGACCGUCCGCACAUCGAUGUAAUAUAUUCAACAUUCUGUGUGCCCGUCCACUCUAAAAGAAAAAAAACAGGAAAAAAGAAUAUAUUGUCUCUUAUUUGUUUUGUUCUCUUUCAAUCAUUAUUUUAAUUGAUUAUAUUGUUUAUUAAUGUAACGAUUUGCCUCAUACUCCUGUAGAUUGUUUAAAUAUCCUGCACAGACACAAUGACGGACACGGGAGGAAUUUGCAGGCAGUUUGACGGCAGUGAGAUUGGUGUUGAUUCCUGUGGUGUUGUGUUCUUUAUCGUACACGUGAUUGAAAACCAUAGCACCCAUCUAUAUAACCAAUGAGUGACUGAGUAACAAUGUAUGUAAAAGAGCCGUUUACAUCAUUAACCACGUGGCUCUGUUCAGAAGAAUUUGUCAUUUUUCCUGUUUUAAAUGUCUCUGUUUCUCCAGGCUUUAGUACAAACACACAAAUACACAGCCCUUGUGCACAGAAAGACACACACCCUUUUACUUCCCUGUAACUGUAAACACACGCUCUGACAAAUACUUUUCCUCUGUUUCUUUCCUGUAAUAUAAAAGAAUACAACUAUGGUUUUGAGAUAAUCAGGGACAUUAAAAACACUGUAAGACCACUGUAAACAUUAUAUUGUAAACAAUCUAUACAGGCAAAAUCAUUAUCCUGUAUGUUAGUGAUGUUGAGAUUUUUUUUUUAACUGACUGCAGCACAGCUUUGAUUUUAGCACAAGGUGAAUGGUUAUAAUAUAUACUGUAUUUAUGAAGUAGAUAUAGCAAGAACUGUCUGGUUUUUGUAACAAAAAAUCUAAAAAACAAUCAAAGAAAACAAGGCCAUAACACCUAUAAAUCUGUCCACCUCAAGUCUACCCAAAGCCAUUCCUUUGUAUGUGCACUACACAGGGAAUACUAUAGUACAUAAGGAACUGUGGUAGAGUAGUUGUUUUUCAACUAUAUACUAACACUAAGCUUCUGAGUGGACAUGGAAAGUUUAGCUGACUGCAUGGAUGCAGUUCUGCUUGGUUUGAGACCACAGAAAGAAUUUAAUGAAUGUAUAGCUAUAGAAACAGAUACAAAAUGUAAAGAAUGAACUGAUCAAUAAAACUCCCCUCUUUAUGUUGUCAAA